AUGGAAUAUCAACUUCCUAGGUUGACAAAGCUAUGGACUCACCUUGAGCGGCAGUCAGGAGGCCAAGUCAAGGGUAUGGGUGAGAAACAAAUUGAAGUUGACAAGCGCAUCUUGAGAACACAAGUAAGCACUUUGAGGAAGGAAUUGGAGUCUGUCCGAAAACAUCGAAAGCUUUAUCGCAACCGUCGAUGGUCGGUGCCUAUUCCUGUUGUUUCUCUGGUGGGAUAUACAAAUGCUAGAAAAAGUACACUCUUGAACCGCUUAACUGGAGCUGAUUUGCUCGCUGAGGAUAAAUUAUUUGCCACACUAGACCCAACAACACGGAGGGUGUUGAUGAAGAGCGGCACUGAGUUCCUCCUAACAGAUACUGUCGGGUUCAUUCAGAAGCUACCCACUAUGCUGGUGGCAGCAUUUAGAGCAACACUGGAGGAGAUAUCAGAAUCAUCAAUUAUUGUUCAUCUUGUAGAUAUCAGCCAUCCAUUAGCUCAACAACAGAUAAGUGCUGUUGACAAAGUACUGAAAGAGCUGGAUAUAGACUCGGUUCCGAAGUUGGUUGUGUGGAAUAAGAUUGACAAUGCCGAUAACCCAUUGAGAGUGAAGGAGGAAGCCGAGAAACAAGGGAUAAUCUGCAUAUCCGCCAUGAAUGGCGAUGGUUUGGAAGAGUUCUGCAAUGCAAUCCAAGCAAAGUUGAAAGACUCACUGGUGCCUAUAGAAGCUUUUGUUCCGUAUGAAAAAGGAGAUCUGCUAAAUGACAUACAUAAGCUUGGAAUGGUUGAGAAAACGGAGUACAUGGAAAACGGCACGUUGAUAAAAGCACAUGUGCCUCUACCUCUUGCAAGGCUUCUCACGCCGUUGCGGCAGCAUGUGGCUGCUCCUCUAUGA